AGUAAAAGAUUUUCUAAUUGUAAAAUAUUUUAGGUUUCAGUACAUGCAAACUUAAAAAAAAUCCACCUGGUGGGUAUCUAGCAUCUGCUUCUGUAAUGAAUACGUUGCUAAGGACUAGUUAUUUCCUUUGUACGUGUGUCUAAUAGAGGAGCCCUUUGCUUUCAGAUCAAUCAACAAUUGAGGCAGGCAAAAUGGUUAUGUGAUUUCAUUUAUAUUCUGUUAAUGCUGAUGGCUGUGAUUAUGGGUGGCCCAUCCUUGGGUUUAUUUUUAAAGUCAUGGUAAUAUUUACCCUGCAAGCUUCCGGGUACCGGCUUAGAAUUCUAGCACCUUCGUGCUGUAUUGAUAGCUCACAGGUAGCUUGUUUUAGAAAGAUUUAUUAUCAACUUAUCUGCUUCGUAUUUUAGUAUGCGUACCAUCCGGUGUGUGCUAGCUAUCCAUCAUCAUAAACCAGUAGUGGACUCUCUCCAGGAGCAGAUGGCCAAGAGGCAGACAAAGGCGACCUGGCUCCAAAGACAGGAUUUCUGCUGUUGGCUCCGGCAUGGGCUCUGUUCCUUUAUUUUCCCAGAGAAGACAGAUCUGUGGACACUCAACAUCUGGAGCAGACCCUAGAGCCCUACCCUUCUGAGGUGUGGAGCGGUCUUUUAUUUGGAGAGAAAGCCAAAGGUUUCCAGGACAGCUAUGAGCCUGUAAAAAAGCAAAAGAAGAAGGAUCUCUAACCUGACUACGGAUUCUUGAGAAAGAUUGCUCAACAGCUUAUGGGGACAGCCAUGUCUGUAGUGAUGCAUCUUUGCCACGAUAUUAAUGUUUCCCACACGAACAGCAACUGGUCAAAUGGUGUUCGUGCUUCCCUGUAUAGCUUAAUGUCACUCAUAAUUCUGGCCACUCUAAUUGGCAAUUUAAUGGUAAUAAUUUCUAUAUCCCAUUUCAAGCAACUUCAUACGCCCACAAAUUGGCUCCUUCAAUCCAUGGCCACAGUGGACUUUCUGCUGGGCUGCCUGGUGAUGCCCUACAGCAUGGUGAGAACAGUGGAGCACCGUUGGUAUUUUGGAGAAACUUUCUGUAAAGUUCAUACCGGCACCGAUAUUAUGCUCAGCACGGCAUCCGUUUUCCAUUUAUCCUUCAUUUCCAUCGACCGCUACUAUGCUGUGUGCCACCCGUUGAGAUACAAAGCCAAGAUGAAUAUCUUGACUAUUUUUGUGAUGAUCCUCAUUAGUUGGAGCAUUCCUGCUGCGUUUGCAUUUGGGAUGAUCUUCCUGGAGUUGAACUUCAAAGGAGUUGAAGAAAUGUAUCACAGACAGGUUUGCUUCCUAGGCGGGUGUUCUGUCUUCUUUACCAAAGUAUCUGGGGUACUGGUCUUCAUGAUGUCUUUCUAUAUACCUGGGUCUGUAAUGUUAUUUGUUUACUCUAGAAUUUAUUCCAUAGCUAAAGGACAAGCAAAGUCAAUUAAUGGCAUAAAUCUUCAAAUUGGAUCGGAAGAGAAAAACAGAGCACCACAAAACAAAGAAACUAAAGCUGCAAAGACCUUAGGGAUUGUGAUGAGUGCUUUUCUCAUAUGCUGGUGUCCUUUAUUUUUCUGCGUGGUCCUGGACCCUUUCCUGGGCUAUGCUAUUCCACCCACUUUGAAUGAUGGACUGGGUUGGUUUGGAUACCUGAAUUCUGCCUUCAACCCAAUGGUUUAUGCCUUUUUCUAUCCCUGGUUCAGAAGAGCACUAAAGAUGAUUCUCUUUGGCAAAAUUUUCCAAAAAGAUUCAUCUAGGUUUAAGUUAUUUUUAUAAUGCAAUCAUGAAACCAUUAUGCUUUACUGUUUUGUAAAAACAGUUGGUGAUUACAUUUAUGAUAAUAGUGAACCAACAUUAGGCACAUGGGCUUUUAAAAUUAGUUAUUUGAGUUAAAUAUGUAUAUGGUGAGUUAAACUUUAAUGCUUGUAUAUAAUCUGAUAUUUGACACCAAAUAGAUGUGGUCUCUGACAUUAUUGUUAUGCAGUAUUAAAGACUUACAUGUUAAAGAAUUGUCCUAGCUCUUAGAUGACCUUCUGUGAAUUGACAGCAGUAAUUUAUUCAUUCAGCAACUGAAUCACACAGCUGAAUUUAGGGUACAAAUUAGAAGGAAUAUAUGUAUAUUAUAUUACAUAUGUAUGUAUAGUAUAUUACAAUACAAGUUGCCUCUCUUCAGUCUAAAACACUACUUUGAAUUCCUUACCUGUACAUAGAGGCUGCUUGUUCAUUUCCCAGCUGCCCAAGCCCAAAAUAAUCACACAGAAACUGUACUAAUUACAACACU